GAAGUCCUAAGUUCCCAUACUACUUCAGGGAAUACCAGCAUCCACAUAAAACUGCUUUUCUCUGAGAUCAACUUAUCUCAGACAGAAUGAUUGACCAGCUCCAAGGAACAUGGAAGUCCAUUUCUUGUGAAAAUUUCGAAGAAUACAUGAAGGAGCUGGGUAUAGGAAGAGCCAGCAGGAAACUGGGCCGUUUAGCAAAACCCACUGUGACCAUCAGUACAGAUGAAGAUGUCAUCACAAUAAAAACCAAAAGCAUCUUUAAAAAUAAUGAGAUCUCCUUUAAGCUGGGAGAAGAGUUUGAGGAGAUCAUGCCAGGUGGCCACAAAACAAAGAGUAAAGUAACCUUAGAUAAUGAGUCCCUGAUUCAAGUUCAGGACUGGGAUGGCAAAGAAGCCACCAUAACGAGAAAGCUGGUGGAUGGGAAAAUGGUGGUGGAAAGUGCUGUGAACAGUGUUAUCUGUACACGAACAUACGAGAAAGUAUCAUCAAACUCAGUCUCAAACUCUUAAGGCUUUCUCAAGCUGUCCUCCAGACUACUGAGGUUGUUUAAAUAAAACUCCAAAGUACAAUAUUA